AUGUCACCAUUGAGUACUUGCUUAAAUACCGAAAAGCCAUUUGUUUAUGACUUUACAAGCGAUACAGCCACCAUUCCAACAGAUGAGAUGUUUGAUAUCAUGAAGGCUGCUUCCCGCGGUGAUGAUGUGUAUCAAACAGACGAAGAUUGUAAAGCAUUAGAGGACUAUGUAGCUGAAUUAAUGGGACAUGAAGCAGCCUUGUUCUGUGUCAGUGGUACACUCUCAAAUCAACUCGGUCUUCGUUGUCUCUUGUUCCAACCUCCUCAUUCUGUCCUCUGUGAUUCUCGUUCUCAUGUAUUUAAUUAUGAAUGCGGUGGUAUUUCAUACCAUUCUCAAGCCAAUGUAGUCCCUGUUGUUGCUAGAGGAACUUAUAUGACGGCUCAGGAAGUUGAAAGCCGUAUCAACAAGGAUUAUCUCUGCGGUGCACCUACCAAAGAAAUCCGUAAAAUUCAUGAUGUUGCCCGCGCAAAUAAUGUUUUUAUGCAUAUGGAUGGUGCUCGUCUCUGGAAUGCUUCUCAAGAAACUAAAACUCCUUUAAUUGAAUACGGAAAAUACUUUGAUACUAUCUCCAUCUGCUUAUCCAAGGGUGCUGGUGCACCUAUUGGUUCUAUCUUGACUGGUACAAAAGAACUCAUUACUCGUGCUCGUCACAUUCGUAAAAUGAUGGGUGCAGGAUGGAGACAAGCAGGCAUGUUAGCUACUGCAGCUCGCCACUGUAUUAAUACCGUCGUUCCCACCAUGCCAGAAACACACGCCUUGGCCCGAAAACUCGGAACAAGCCUCCAAUCCCUUGGUGUUCAAAUCCUAUUACCUGUAGAGACCAACAUGAUCUUUAUUGACACGUCUCGUACAGGUCUCACAAUAGCUGAUUUUGCAGAAGCACUCAAGCUGAAAAACAUCAAGAUCUUUAGCAACCCCAGCACAACAACACGCCUUGUUUUGCAUUAUCAAAUCACAGAAAAAGCUGUAGACGAUUUUAUUCAAGUGGCAACAGAAUUAGUUCAAGCAAAACACAAGUCUGGAUUCAUUCCUCCCACGCAUGUCGUUGACGUUUCUGUUGAAAGCGCUUAUCCCACAGCCACGGUACAAACAUAA